AUGAAGCUUCAGUUCUUUUUAUUAUUGGUUUUUGUGGCGAUUGGAGUCUCGUCAGCGGACAAUCAAGAUUUGCAGGAAGUUAACGGAGUUCAAAAUCUUAAAACUGCUAUUCAAGAAGAACUUAAAAACAUCAGAGGUGUUGUCAAUGCUUCGGAAAAUGAGGAUCAGAUUGAGACCUACACCGGCUUGAGAGUGGGAAUACUGGAAGAUGAAUCGUCAAAACUACGUGAAUUAAUUAAAAAGUUACAAUCGGAAACUGCGCUCUGA